AUGUCAUCUGCAGUUACAACAUCAGCUGGGAGUCAACAACCAACUGUUAUGGAACUUUUCAAUAAAAGGCAACAAUACAAACCAAAUUCUGAGAGAUCGAGAAUCAGGAGGGUUGUCUCUUACUUCCAUAGAAGUACAACAGCAGCUGCAAUAUUGCGUGACAAGAUUAAGCUUUUGGGCUUGCGACAAGUAAAGCUAAUACAAGACGUAUGUACCCGAUGGAAUUCAGCUGUUGACAUGGUUGAAAGGUUUCUUGAACUUCAACCAGCCAUUUACACAGCCCUUAUGAGUAAAGAUAUUCGUGCAAAGGAAGUUGACAUAGCUACUUUAAGUGAGGUUGAUAUCGGUCUUGCGGAAAACAUAAUGUCAGUGCUGAUUCCAAUUCGCACAGUGUCAACAGCCCUUUGCUCUGAAUCUAUGCCAACAGCUUCUCUGAUACUGCCUCUUCAGAAAAAGCUUAUCAAGGGGCUUUCAGUCAAAGAUGAUGAUAUGCAAAGCCAUCUCACAACUGAAAACUGUACUCUGAUCUUCUACCAUACCUUGAAUGCACAACACUACUUGAUCCAAGGUUCAAGACAUCCUGCUUCUCAGAGGAAGAUGCUUUUUCCAAUAACAAACAGAGUAAUCUCUGAGGCUGCUUCCACACAGAAGGUUCUAGUUAAACAGGAAUCUGACACCAGUCCUAUAUCUGAUAUGGAGACAACAGGGGCACAGUCUGAACCAGCAUUACCACAGCUUGAGCUAGAAGGAGGUGUUGAGACCAGCAGUCAGAAAGUAGAACCUCAGCAGUCAGGAUUAGCAUUACUUCUUGAAGAUGUAAUCAUUGUAAAAACUGUACAGGGAACCAAAACUAAAAUGGAUCAAGCAAGGGAGCAAAUGGAUGCCUACCUACAAAUGGAAACCCUGAGUUUAGGUGCUAACCCAUUAGUCUGGUGGAAGGACAAUGAAUGGAAAUUGCCUCUUCUCGCUAGUUUAGCAAGAAAGUACUUAUGUGUUCCUGCAACAAGUGUCCCUUCAGAAAGGGUGUUUAGUACUGCAGGUGAUAUCUUGUCUGCACAACGUGCUUCACUGGAUGCUGACAAAGUAGACAUGUUAAAUUUUUCUUAA